GUCAAACUCAAAAGUGUAUCAAGGAUAAGCAGCCGAGGAAAAGGUAUUUGACGGAAGCCUGCGAUGUCUGCGGCGCCGGCUGCGAGCGGCUGGUUGCGGCCGUCCGCGACCGCGCGGCUCUGCGAGGCGGGGUUCUUCACCGAUUACGCCAACCCCGCCACUACGCGGAUCUGCAUCGGCCGGAGGCGGAGCGGUGCGCCGAGAAACAUUGCAGGGCUUCAAGUUGCAUCAUCCAAUUUGGGCCGAUGCAAAAUUGCUCAUGUUAAAAGUGGAGAUGCUGAUGGUUACCCAACGACUGAAGAUUUGUCAAUUGACGAGGAAACCCUGCAGCGUAAUUUACAGACAGCCAUCCAGGAAGAAGAUUAUUCCCGGGCUGCAAAGAUAAGGGAUGAUCUGCGCAUCCUCCAUGAAGAUACCAAAGCUUCCCUCCUUGCAGCAAACACACGGUUUUACAAUGCUUUCAAGAAUGGCGAUCUUGCAGCGAUGUACUCUUUAUGGGCUAAGGGUGACCAUGUAUAUGUUAUCCAUCCUGCUGCGGGUCGGAUAUCAGGUUAUGACGUGGUCAUGCAAAGCUGGGAGAUGGUAUGUGGCGCAGAUUAUGAGUUCCCACUAAACAUUGAUCUGAAAAAUGUAGAGGUUCAUGUGCAUGGUGACCUUGGUUACGUCACAUGCUUGGAAGUGGUUAAGACCAAAGGAAGAACAUGGGGGAAGCAAGUCGCCACAAACGUCUUCGAGAAGGUUGAUGGCACAUGGCGCAUGUGUGUUCACCAUGCAUCACACAUAGAGGAAUGAAAACCUUAGUUGAUUUGGCAUGGAAAUUUUGCAGAAAAGCUAGACAGGCAAUACAUGAUUUCGAGAUUUCUAUCUUAGCAGCUGCAUCAUUAGUCUAUGUUUUCUCGAGUCAAUUGUAUCGAUGCUUAAGUUUUCAAACUGAAUUUUUUGUGGUUUCGUUUGAGAUUCCAUAGUGGUUGGCAUAUUAUGUCACUUGAGAUUAUAUAUGACUAGCUAUUUUUCCAUUUCUUUUUGGCGGCUAACUGGGAAUGGACUUGAUCUGCAAGUAACUCGUACCAGGCUACUUCACUGAAACAAAACCUGAUUUGUCAA